AUACAGUGUAGAAACAAUUAUCUUGAAUUAUCUUUAUUUUUUACGGUAAAAGCUUAGUCACGUCUAAUUAUGUCAUGGUUUGGUGUACUCUUCCUUCAUAAAUAUGUUUCAACUGUCAACAAUAAAAGAAAAUUAAUGAUAUGCAAACAUGAGCAUUAAUAGUAGGCGACAUCAAGUUUAUAUCUUGGGAACAAAAUAGAAAAAUAACGGCUUUCAUAACAAGGAUAUGUCGCGAUCGAUGGAGUUCAUAACCUUGUUCGUUUACCACAGAGAGUGCGUAGGUCGCAUUCUUUCAAUUACAUGAUAUCAUCAGUCAGCUGUAAGAGAGAGCACCAAGCAACAUCGUCUAGAAGGCACUGCUGGAGUAAUUGUUGUGGAGUGGAGUCGCUCUCAUCAAAUGACUCCUACGUCAUCUUGCAAGUUUUCUUGUGACUAAAACGUGCAACAUUCUACUCACUUCUCUCAGGUGAUAAACAGUAAUCAAAUACUCCAUCAUGCAGUUCUCAGUCGGUGUUUUUGUUCAGUACUUCAUAUUCAUCUUGAUCACAUGUAGUUAUGGCCUCCCUAGCAAUAAUGAGACAAGCACCAACAGCCACACAACACGCAAAGAAACUACAACAAUAGACUCUACCACAAAGUCUGCAGAAAGUACUGUUACUCAAAAACUGACUACAACAGCGCAGUCAAUGACAACAAAAUCCACAACAACGCCCACGACAAUGCCCACGACAACGCCCUCGACUAUUCCUCCUACGACGGGUGAGCCUACGACGAGACCACCGCCCAAGAUAAGAGCACGGUUAUCCGCAGGCAGGCAUCCAUGGGAGGGGAGAGUUGAAGUCUCAAUGCAUGGUGGGCCAUGGGGGACAGUGUGUGAUGAUGGUUUUAAUAUGAAUGCUGCUAACGUUGUUUGUAAGAUGGUGGGAUAUAAGAAAGCAGUACAGUACUACUUUGGAAGCAGCGAAUUCGGACGCGGGUCAGGACGAAUCUUACUAGAUGAAGUAGAGUGUGUUGGUAAUGAGAAGAACCUUUUAUUAUGUGAACACAAUCCAAUUGGAGUCACCGACUGCUCACAUUCUGAAGAUGUGGGAAUUAGAUGCAGUGCAGAGACUAGAAAAGUUAAACCACCAGAAAAGAAGCUAAAGAAGUACAAAUUUCGUCUGAAUGGUGAUCCCACCCCUAAGCCUCAGUCUGAAGGUGUGGUUGAAGUGAUGAUGACGGGUAAAUGGCGGACAAUCUGCGCAGAUGGAUGGGACAUUGAAGAUGGACGAGUACUCUGUGGAAGCCUUGGAUUCAAAGAAGCUAUCAAUGUACAACCAAACAGGAAAAAUAAAUCAAGGCAACGUAAAAAGUCUAUGGUUGCAUCAAAUUUCGAAUGCACGGGCAAAGAGCACAACGUGAGUGAUUGUGAACGAACAAUGCUGAAGUCACAUAAGGAUUGUGUUUCUAAGCGUGCAGCUGAAGUCAGAUGUGAACGGGGUUCAUUCGUCAUGGAUGCAGAUAAACCAUAUGCCCUACCUGCUAGUAGCACUGCUGGUCAACAGGCCUAUACUGUACCGAGGCCUGAUGUUCGACUGAAAGCCGGUGCUGCAUUCGGUGAGGGUCGUUUAGAAGUGUUUCAUGGGGGAAAGUGGGGAACGGUUUGUGGAGAGGAUUUUGAUCUAGUAGCUGCUAGUGUGGUAUGUCGACAACUCGGCUUCGGAACGGCAGAGCAAGUAUUUGAGAACGCCGCCACCUAUGGUCAAGGUAUUGGUCCUAUCUGGUUAUGGGAGGUGGACUGCAAAGGAACAGAAACUUCAAUAAUGGAAUGUGGACAUGGAGCUUAUAACAGAAGUAAAUGCGAUCAUUCACAAGAUCUUGGAAUCAGAUGCAAUGCACCAGACCUAGGGGUCAAAGAAGAUAUUCGUCUUGUAGAGGGUCGUUUCGAGACAGAAGGACGUGUUCUAAUAAAUGUCGAUGGUCAAUGGGGUCACCCGUGCGGAGGAGACACGUGGGAUAUGUAUGAUGCUAAAGUUGUAUGCAGACAGCUAGGACUUGGAUAUGCUCAUCAGCCUAUGAGGAGUACGCGUUACAUGGGUAGAUCGGCUUAUCCUAUUCUAAUGAUGAAUGUAAACUGUACAGGUAAUGAGAGAACUCUACUUGAGUGUCCACACGUAAGAAGUGAUAAUGGAACCUGCAUGGCUGAUUAUAAAGCUGGAGUUCUGUGUGCGCAAGUUCUACCUGAUGUUCUAAUAGAUAUUCAUGUACUUGAGUCAUCUAUCUACAUGCAAGAUUGGCCAAUGUAUAUGCUGCAAUGUGCUGCGGAAGAGAACUGUCUUUCAUCUGAAGAUCAUGUAAGAGGAGCACGUCGUUUGCUUAGGUUUGCUAGUGCUAUUAUGAACAGAGGAACUGAAGAGUUUCGUCCAGUGUUAGGCAGAUCAAGCUGGGAAUGGCAUGCUUGUCAUAGGCAUUAUCAUAGUAUGAACGUGUUUUCCCAUUAUGAUCUGCUAGACUACGAUGGCCAGCGUGUGGCUGAGGGUCACAAGGCAAGUUUCUGUCUUGAAGACGUGUAUUGUGAUAGCGGUGCUAGGAAGGUUUACAGCUGUGACGCAGGCACACAAGGAAUAUCGGUCAACUGUGUCGAUAUUUAUCGUAAUGAUAUCGAUUGUCAAUGGAUCGAUAUCACUGGUGUACCACAAGGAGCCUAUGUGCUACGGAUUGACGUAAAUCCAAACCGUAUUGUUGGCGAGACUGAUUUCGACAACAAUGAAGUUGUGUGUGAGGUGUAUCUUACGUACAGAGUACGCAUUGCAAACUGCCGAUAUGUUGAUGAUUCAUAACGUUUUACUCGACACCAAUGGACCAAGGCAUCACCAUCACCAUGACCCCCUGAACUGAAACAAGGAACCUGUUUAUCAAUGAAAUACUAUGGAGGCUGUAAAUAGACAUUUAUAAAAUUUGCUUUAUUUUCGCAUUUUGUACCGUCGAAGUAUGUACAGUGAAGAAAUAUUGUACAGAUGUUUUAAUCUUGAUAUUGUAAAGAUGAAAUUAUGUAUAUUCCUUUUGUUACUGAGUGUACAUUCCUGUUUAUAGUGUUUUCUGUAGAUCACUUUUAUCUUACCUUUCUCAUCGUAUCGGCAAAAUUGAACGACUUUAUGCCUUUAGAUGACAAGUACUUUCGGUUUCAUCAUAUUAGAUAGUCAUAAAAAGUACUGUUGGGUAAUCAUUCGGAUGAUAAUUCUUAUAAUUUGUGGUCUUGACAUUUCAAGCAAGAAAAUACUGCUCUUGGUCUGCUCCUGACGAAGAGCAGACUAAGUUGACUUGCGUAAAAACGUGUUAUAACACAUCUCAUAACACCUAGAUAGAUCCGCCAAGACCACCAGCGGUCAGGACACGUGAAAACACUUGUGAUUACAGUGCGCGUGCGUUAGCACUUUAUAAAUUUACAAAUUUAUAAAUACACGAUAACAAGGAUCUAAUUUAUGUGCCAUAUAAAACAAAUAAUGAAUAUUCUUUUCAUUCGUGCAAUGGAUAAAAUACAUCAUUCGGUGAAAGAUGAAAUGAAUUCAACUCCGCUAUGCCUCGUUAAAUGGAUCAUUUCAUUGUCCACCACAUGAAAUAUACAGAUUGCACUCAUGAACAUUCAUUAUAUGUAUGGUAUUCAAUAAAAUUUAAUGAUUUUAGUGGUUUUAUGAAACGGGACCGAGGUAACAAUGUUCCCUUUACUAUAAUUUGGUUAAAAUGACUUUAUUCUUUUACUCUACGUUUUCUGUAUUAAUAAACAUCAAUAAUUAUUGAAGACUUUGUAGUCACUAUUACAAGCUCUACCUCGCUCAGUUAUUUCUAUCAACUUUGGUUUGAUAUCAAUCAAUUCGAACUCAAGAAAUCAAUUAUAAUUUGUGACGCCUGAAAUUUUUUUUUUUUUUCAGCCUCAGGAACCAAUGCAGUAACGUAGAAAUCCUUGUUCUUGUGUUUUAACGCAACAUUAAAAACAAAGAUAUUGCAUAAUUAA